CAAACCCAAAGCCCUCCUUUCUUAUCUCCUUUCGUUCUUUCUUUCUUUCUGUAAUUUCUUCUCGUGUUUCAAUUGCGAACCAGAUCAAGCAAAUCUCUUUACUACUCUCAGCAUUUUUGCGGGAAGCUUUUUGGGGAUGGAUUUCUUUAACUCUAUCUUGAAUUGGGUAGUGCCUCCCGCAAGCUUUGUGAUACUAGCCUUCUCAUGGCCAACCCUGUGUUUCAUCAAUGCCUGUGAGUCGCUUUACAGCUCUUUCUACAGUGAAAAUAUGGAAGAUAAAGUGGUUAUAAUCACUGGAGCUUCUUCUGGAAUAGGGGAGCAAAUUGCAUACGAAUAUGCGAAGAGGAGAGCAAAUCUAGUAUUGGUGGCAAGGAGAGAGCAGAGGCUUCAAGUGGUCGGUCAGAAUGCAAGGGAUAUGGGUGCAAAGCAUGUCACAGUUAUAGCUGCAGAUGUUGUCAAGGAAGAAGAUUGCAGGAGAUUCGUUAAUGACACAAUAAACUUCUAUGGGCGUCUAGACCAUCUUGUAAAUACAGCCAGUUUGGGACAUACAUUCUACUUUGAGGAAGUCACCGAUACGUACGUGUUUCCCCUGUUGCUGGACAUAAAUUUUUGGGGAAAUGUAUACCCAACAUAUGUUGCUUUACCUUACAUACAUCAGAGUAAUGGUCGAAUCGUUGUUAAUGCAUCGGUGGAAACCUGGUUACCUCUGCCAAGAAUGAGUUUAUAUGCUGCAGCUAAGGCUGCUCUUGUAAACUUCUACGAAACAUUGAGAUUCGAAGUGAAAGAUGAUGUUGGAAUAACAAUUGCAACACAUGGUUGGAUUGGAAGUGAAGUGACCGGAGGUAAGUUCAUGCUAGAGGAGGGUGCAGAGAUGCAGUGGAAGGAAGAAAGAGAAGUACAUGUAACUGGGGGACCUAUAGAGGACUACGCAAGGUUAAUCGUGUCCGGAGCUUGCCGAGGAGAUGCAUAUGUCAAGUAUCCAAGCUGGUAUGAUAUAUUCCUUCUUUUCAGGGUUUUUGCACCCAAUGUUCUCAAUUGGACGCUCCGGUUUCUUCUUGCCACGCAUGGCGCGAGAAGAACAUCUCUCGUGGGCACCGGAAGGCCGCUUUUGGAGUACACUGGAAGACCAUUAUUGGAGAUGAGCCCCUCUCCUAAGAAACUUCUUGCUAGUCCCACCCACUACUCCCAACUCAGUCCCCUGCAGCAGCCAAAAUGGGAAUGAAAAUAAUACUGAUCUCCCCUGUAGAUCGUGUUAGACCGAUAUUUUGUGUGCUUUGUUGUGUUCUCUAGCUGUCUUGCUGGAAAUUUGUGACUGAGAGACAUGUCUUUACUUUGUUCAAUAAACAAUAAAUGCCCCCUUAGGACUCUUUUCAGUAUAGAGAGAAUAACCAACUUUGCAUGUACUAGCCAAGCUAUUUCAGCUUUAAAAUAUCUGGAAUAAGCUCAA